UUUGUGUGCGAAAAUGGCGACGUCUCGUCGCACUUCCCAGCAGCAGCAACAACAACAACAAAACUUAUCCUCUCCUCAAAGGCCUGACUCCAGCCCCCUCACGCCUCUAGAAUCGCCCACCGACACCGGCGGUUCAGCGGCUGGCGGGGAGGCAGAAAGCAUCGGGGAUCCGGAGCUCAGUGCUGAAAUCCCCACUGCGCUCCUCAGCACCAGCAGCAGCAGCUCCAGCUCGAGCAGCACUAGCUCGUCUACCACCGGCGGGGGCAGUAGUGCGGGCUCCACUCCCGACUCCGGUAGUGCCAGUCCUGGAGGCAGCGGCUGCGGGACGAGUGGGGCUUUCAGGGAGCUGUUUGAGGCCUGCAGGAAUGGGGACGUGUCUCGGGUGAAGAGACUGGUGGAUUCGGUCAAUGUAAACGCAAAGGACAUGGCCGGGCGCAAGUCCACCCCGCUUCACUUCGCUGCAGGUUUUGGUAGGAAAGACGUUGUGGAGCAUCUCCUGCAGACUGGGGCGAAUGUGCAUGCAAGAGAUGAUGGAGGUUUAAUCCCGCUGCACAAUGCCUGUUCAUUCGGACAUGCGGAGGUGGUCAGUUUGCUGCUUUGUCAGGGAGCAGAUCCCAAUGCCAGAGACAACUGGAAUUACACUCCGCUCCACGAAGCCGCCAUUAAGGGUAAAAUCGACGUAUGCAUUGUUCUGCUCCAGCACGGCGCCGAUCCCAACAUCCGCAACACCGACGGCAAGUCUGCCCUGGACCUGGCCGACCCAUCCGCAAAAGCUGUCCUCACCGGAGAAUACAAGAAGGACGAACUCUUGGAAGCUGCGAGGAGCGGAAAUGAAGAGAAGCUCAUGGCCCUGCUCACGCCGUUAAACGUCAACUGCCACGCCAGUGAUGGUCGUAAGGUAAGAGCAUUCACUGCAUCAUUAACAUCUGACCGCUGUUGGGUCUGCUGGCAAAAGGUCAACCCUGCCACACAGCUUUACCACUGCUUUCUUUACAAGCCAUCUGAAUGGACACAGAUCUUCGCUCUAGUUCACCUGUCUGAUCUUUCUGCCAGCACCAGAAAAGACUUCAGCCUUUGUGCCUCUCUGUAUAUCUUUGCUCAAAAUGCUUAUCUCUUUCAGCAUGGAGCAGACCCCACCAAGAAGAAUCGGGAUGGGAACACUCCAUUGGAUAUGGUGAAGGAGGGAGACACAGAUAUCCAGGACUUGCUCAGAGGCGAUGCAGCACUUCUGGACGCCGCCAAAAAAGGCUGCCUGGCCCGAGUCCAGAAGCUCUGCAGCCUGGAGAACAUCAACUGCAGAGACACACAGGGACGCAACUCCACUCCACUGCACCUGGCAGCUGGCUAUAACAAUCUGGAGGUAGCAGAGUAUUUACUUGAGCAUGGAGCGGACGUCAACGCACAGGACAAAGGUGGCCUUAUUCCCCUUCACAACGCAGCCUCAUACGGGCAUGUGGAUAUCGCAGCCCUGUUGAUCAAGUAUAACACCUGUGUAAAUGCCACUGAUAAAUGGGCCUUCACACCCCUCCAUGAGGCUGCACAGAAGGGCCGCACACAGCUCUGUGCUCUGCUGCUGGCCCACGGGGCUGACCCUACCAUGAAAAACCAGGAGGGCCAGACACCACUUGACUUGGCCACGGCUGAUGAUAUCCGGGCGCUGUUGAUUGAUGCGAUGCCCCCUGAAGCGCUGCCUAGUUGUUUCAAACCCCAGGCGACGGUGGUCAGUGCCUCUGUCAUCUCACCGGGAUCUACGCCUUCAUGCCUGUCCGCCGCCAGCAGCAUAGACAAUCUGGCCGGCCCUCUGACUGAGCUAGCUGUUUCUGGAGCCUCAGGCCCUGCUGAUGGGGCCACAGGAACUGAGAGGAAGGAGGGAGAAAUUACAAUUCUGGAUAUGAACAUCAGCCAGUUCCUGAAGAGCUUGGGCUUGGAGCAUUUGCGGGAUAUUUUUGAGCGGGAACAGAUUACUCUGGAUGUGCUGGCUGACAUGGGCCAUGAGGAGCUCAAGGAGAUUGGCAUCAAUGCUUACGGUCACAGGCACAAGCUCAUCAAAGGCAUUGAGAGGCUGCUGGGCGGUCAACAAGGUGCCAACCCAUACCUGACGUUCCACUGUUCGGGUCAGGGCACGGUGCUGAUCGACCUAGCGCCCGAUGACAAAGAGUUUCAGUCAGUAGAGGAGGAGUUGCAAAGUACGAUCAGAGAGCACAGGGAUGGAGGCAAUGCUGGAGGUGUUUUCAGCAGAUACAACAUCCUGAAGAUUCAGAAGGUGGUGAACAAGAAGCUGCGAGAGCGAUACACACAUCGACAGAAGGAGAUCGCAGACGAAAACCACAACCAUCACAACGAGCGCAUGCUCUUUCACGGCUCACCAUUCAUCAACGCCAUCAUCCAUAAAGGGUUUGAUGAACGACACGCUUACAUCGGUGGCAUGUUUGGAGCGGGCAUCUACUUCGCUGAAAACUCUUCCAAAAGCAACCAGUACGUGUACGGCAUCGGUGGAGGAACGGGCUGUCCUACACAUAAAGACCGCUCCUGUUAUAUCUGUCACAGGCAGAUGCUGUUUUGCAGAGUGACUCUGGGUAAAUCCUUCCUGCAGUUCAGUGCCAUGAAGAUGGCCCAUGCUCCUCCGGGGCACCACUCCGUCAUCGGCAGACCCAGUGUCAACGGACUGGCCUACGCAGAAUACGUCAUCUAUCGAGGAGAACAGGCCUACCCAGAGUACCUCAUCACAUACCAGAUCAUCAAGCCCGACAGCACACCCCCAUCCCCGGCAGGAGCGGAGCAGAAGUCCUAGUCCACAGAUCUCAAGACUGUUACUCUCACAUUUCACCCAUAAACCUCUGCGCUGACUCUUCAUUUGCAGUUCUGCUCCAUUUCAGCUCCCCGUUGAGUGUUUACAAGAAAGAGUUGCCUUGACUUGGCCGAGUCUCCACCCUCGUCUUCAGGUCAGAGGUCUGGAUAUAAACGCCAUAACGCUGUUUCAGGGCUAAAACGAAACGUUGUGAAAGACAACAAGUGACCUCUUCCCUUUCGUUCUACUACAUUUAACACCGUUUCAGGCAUUAAAAGGUGAUUGGUUACCCAAAAAUGAAAAAUUGGACUCAUCAUUUACUUUUUAUGUUGAAUUCAAAAGAUAUUUCGAAGAAUCUUUGAAGAAGUCAUUGAAUUUCGUAGUAGGAAAAUAAUACUAUGGAAGUCAAUGGUUGCCGGUUUUCAACAUUCUUCAAAAUAUCUUCUUUCAGGUUCAACAGAAGAAACACAAACAGGUUUGGAAUAAGUGAGAAAAUGAUGACAGAAUUUAUUUUUAUUUUUGGGUGAACUGUGCCUUUAAAAGGAACCCUGCGUGUUAAGACUUUGGUUUAAUAUUAAACAAAUGAUGUCCUUUACUGUAUCAUGUGUUCUGUACUACAUCUAAGAUUGUUUCACCUUAAAAACACUUUUAUUAAGUAUUAUUUUAGGUGUGCAGUAAAUAUUGAUGUUUUUUUUUUUACUCCAGCUCAACUUAAAACUGGUUCAAUGAUUCAAAAUGAUUCCAUUCAACAUUUUGCGGAUUUAGAAAGUAACAUUCAGUUCAAAGGCAUCUCUUAAACUCAAAAUCAUGCUCUUCCAAGCGAAUAAGAAGAGGAGAAAAGAAUAGGAAGAUGUCUGAACACAAAUAACAUUUCCUAAAAACCUUAAUCUCUCCACUUUAGCCCUGAUUACAGGUGAAGAUGGACACAAGAAUAAGCCAGAUGUGUAUGGUUUUGACCACUUAACAUGCUAAUGUACCAUUUCAAGCAUGUUUAGCAUCUAGUGUUUAUUUUAUUUGUGGAUUUCAUGUGGUAUUCAGAGUCCUUUAGACUUGAUGUGGGGAAAACUUGAUGGUAGUAAAGACUUUCGUUGCCCUUUGACUGAAUUUACAUCAAAAGCCACACAAAAAAGCAGCUCACUGUGGGGAAAAAAGUCAUGCACAUCUAAAAUAAUAUGAAUGUGGAUCUAUAAAAUCGGAUGUAUUCUUCAUAAGAUUUCUGCGUCAUAUUUCAGUAACAGACAUCAUUUAUUUGAAUUUAAGCCAUCUUAAAGGGAUAGUUCACUCAAAAAUGACAUUUUUCAUUCCAUUUAUUCACACUGAAAUGGUUGAAAAAGUCUUUUUUUUUUCCUUCACUAAACAAGAUAUUGUUAUUAUUUUUUCACAAAGAAGAUAUUGUGAAGAAUAUUUGGGAAUAAACAGUGCAUAUGCAUAGUACAACAAUGCAUAGUAGGGACAAAAAAUACUAUGAUAGUCAAUGGAAGUCAGUUUUUUUCCACUGUAAUUCAAUAUAUCUUUACGUUCAACAGAUUUUGAGCAAAUGGAGGAUGAGUAAAUUGACUGAAUUGUCAUUUUUGGGUGAACUAUCCCUUUAACAGCCAGAGUUCCUUUUCAUUGUAUCUUCCAAAUGGUUUUACUGUUACUGUGAUUAAUUCUCUUUCAUUCUCGUCACUUUAAUUCACAAUAGUGAUAUGAAACACACAAAGUUCCCCGAAAUAUAUAUAACUUUUUUUUUUUUUUUCUUUACGCAUUAUCAACAACUAAAAAGCCUUAGAUGGGUUUAAAGGCAAGACGAAUGUUAAUGCAGAGACCAGAAAUAUCGAAAAAAGCCUUUGACCACAAAAUAGCAAAAAUUGUGUGCUCUUUUUUUUUUUUAUUUAACAUAUCUUUGCACAGGAAUACUGCUCAGAAUGUCCCAUUCCAUCACCCAAUCACAGCCCGAUCCCAAAAUGCAUCUUUUUAAAACAAAAUUUGCACUUUUAAGCAGGACUUAAGUUAUUCAGAAUAAUUUUAAAAAGACGUAGGUUUAAAAAAAAUACAAUUGUACAGGUUGUGUAACGGACAAUGCCUUUGUAUAGCUUUUAAUGUUGUUUACCAACGCAGAGUGGGUUUUAUUUAGUACUGUAAAGGAAGCGGAAGUUCUCCUUCUAUAUUUUCAGAUUUUGCUUUCAAUACGUAAUUCCUGAAUCUUGUUCAUUCCAGUCUCUGGCGUCAGAGAAAGGCCUUUUUUUUCGCGAGGGUCUCUGUAACAUUUAUCCUGUUACACACUACUGAACUCAGCAGCUCAUCUUUCAGAAGGAAGAAGUGAAGGAAGGACGUGGCUCUACCUCCGGUCAGCUUUGCUCAGGUGUAGUUUGUGGUGAGUCCUGGAGGUCAUUUAUCUGCCUUACUCCAGAGAGAAGACCUUUCUCCAGCACAGAUGCAUAUGAGGGAGGUGGACGAACUUGAGUGUUUCUCAAUUGUGCGAGCUGCGUUUUUACUUUAUUUACAUGUUCCUGUGAACUCUAAUCAGAAGCGGCUUGGCAACCCAAAGCCAUCAGCGGACUAAUCAAACACUCCUCAAUCAUGUAAAAUGGUCUUAAUAAAGUACAUGUCAUAAA